CUGUGGUAUACGAAUGAAGCUUGAAAUUAAAAUUUAAGCUAUUUCUCAUGUAAACAAAGUAAAACACGUGUUAAUAAAACGAAGUCGUACGUAGAUAUUAUUAUUAUAGUAAAUAUUCAAUUUCGAAGCAACAUAUAAUUAUUUACUUGCAAGAUGCCUAAAUCAAAGCGUGACAAAAAAGUUUCUCUAACCAAAACAAAUAAAAAAGGUCUUUUAUUGAAACAAAAAACAAUUGAAGAAAUAAGGAAGUCUUUGUCUAAAUAUGAACACAUAUUUCUAUUUACUGUUGAUAAUAUGCGUAAUACAAAGCUAAAAGAUUUGCGGAAUGAUUGGAAAGAUUCUAGAUUCUUUUUUGGUAAAAAUAAAGUCAUGGCUGUUGCACUUGGAAGAACUAAAAGUGAUGAAGUUGAAGAUCAGUUGAACCUGCUUUCAAAAAGGUUAAAGGGCCAAUGUGGACUGCUCAUGACAAACAGGGAUGUUAUUGAUGUAUUGGAAUGGUUUAAGACCUAUAGAGCAACAGAGUAUGGAAGGUCUGGAUUUGUUGCAACUAAAGAUGUGAUAUUACCUCAGGGCCCAUUGGAAGACUUCUCUCAUACUAUUGAACCACAUCUUAGGCGUCUUGGCCUGCCCACCAGUCUUGAAAAGGGGGUGAUUCACCUCAUCAAAGAAUAUCAAGUUUGUAAAAAAGGUACAGCUUUGACACCAGAACAAGCCAGCAUAUUAAAACUUUUGGGUAUGCAAAUGGCUCAAUUCAAAGUAGUUAUUAAGUGCCACUGGACCAAAGGCAAGGGAUUCCACAAAGAUCUUGAUAUAUCCAGUGAUGAUGAAAGUGAUGACAAUAAUGAUGCAAUUGAAGAUGAACCAAUGGGAGAUGAUGAUGAUGCUGAAGAUGAUAAUGAAACUUAAAUACCAUUUGUUCACACCUUAGUGUAAAUAUGAAAUUAUAUUGGUUAUAAGUUAA